CCUCCUCCCCAGACGGAAGACGAGGAAUCAGUCGCUCCGCUGGCACCUGGCGCUGCCAGCAGCAACUCCCUCCCUCCCACCACCCCCCACGAGGCACAGGCGCUUCCGCUUCUGCGACCCCGUCGAUGGCAGAGAAGACGCCGCCGCCGCCGUCCUCCUCCUCCAACCGCCGGAAGGCCCGCGCCGCUCGCGGACAGAUAAUCUGUGUAGAAUCUUGUGUCUGUGCCAUCAUUUAUUUUGCCGCCUUGUUUCAGUUGCCACUUCUGGAUCUAGUGUACGAGAAUACAAAGGUUCAGGAGAAGUCCUUGGAAUGUCGAAAGGAGGGGCCCUGGUCAUCUUCUCCCUCAGCUAGCAGCAACAAGUCACCCCUUCAGAUGGUUACACCAGUUCAACCAACAAAAUCUGUAGAUUCACCACCCCAAAUGGUUGCAUCGGUUCAAUUAUCGAAAUAUGACUCCCUGGGCACUUCAUGUGCCAAUGUAUCUGUGGGGUCUAAUUCAGGAGCUGCUCCAUUUGAUAUAUGUGGUGACAGUAAAUGCUCUGUCAACGUAAAGCCUUCUUUACUUGAGAUCAACAGAGAAAAACGACGUGCAAAGGAGCGUUCUAACAGUGUAGCUCAGUUGCAACAUUUAAGGCCUGGGAUGGUUUUGUUGAAAAAUUUCUUAAAGCCUGAUGACCAGAUUGAAAUUAUCAAUCUUUGCCGGGAAGUUGGUGUUGGAAAAGGAGGAUUUUACACACCUGGCUACAGAGAUGGGGCAAAGUUAAGUCUGCGGAUGAUGUGCUUAGGAAAGGACUGGAAUCCAGAUUCAAGUUCAUAUGGAGAUGUACGUGCAUUUGAUGGUGCUGAACCACCAGAGAUACCAGAAAAAUUCAAGGAACUUGUGCAAGGUGCGAUUGGAGCUUCCCAUGAGUUUUUGAAAGGAAGAAAGGGGACUUCCAAUCCUUCGGUAGAACUUCCGCCGAUGUCACCAGAUAUCUGCAUUGUGAACUUCUACACCAGUAGAGGGAGGUUAGGUCUUCAUCAGGACAAGGAUGAAUCACAAGACAGCCUCACCAAGGGAUUGCCCGUUGUUUCCUUCUCGUUGGGCGACACCGCAGAAUUCCUGUAUGGUGAUUCGAGAGAUGAUACUAAGGCUUCAAAGGUUGAUCUUGAAACCGGGGAUGUUCUAAUUUUUGGUGGUGAAUCAAGGCGCAUAUUCCAUGGGGUCUCCCAAAUCAAACCAAAGACAGCUCCGAAGUGGCUGACCGACAAAUCGAAUCUUCAACCUGGGCGUCUGAAUCUCACGUUCAGGAAGUAUUAGUAGUACAUUCAGUGACUCCUUUUAGGCCAAGUGCAAACAGAGGACACUCUCUUAUGCUGUCUUUAAAGUGUCCUACUGGCAGAAGUUAGCGGGAACGAUCAAUCUAGUAAUUGUAAAACCUCUGUUUACCUCUAAUAUCGUAUGUUGUCGUCCAA